AGUAGAUUUUCAUAGAUAAUAUCACAGGACAAUCUUCCACUUUUCCAAGUCUUUCACGGAACGUCAUGAUCAUGUAACAUAAGGAACAACAUCAAGUAAAACAAUCUUACAAAACUCGAGAACAGAAGUUGCAUAGUGCAACGUUGCCAUUUGUAUUUGUCUAAUAGACUAUUAUACCAUAUCUAACUCUAUGUUUAAUUAGACGGAUAUAGUUAAUAUAAGCUGUAAUAAUACAUUUUAUUUUAAAUAAUAAAAUCGAUAUAUACAUAUAUUUUACUGCAUAUAAAGGUAAACCUCUUUCACAUCACAUAAUUUCAAUCGAUUGCUGUUUCCUCUUCUUGAUGUUUUCUUUUUAUGGAUAUCGCACACAUUAAGUUUUGAGGAAAAAAAACUUAAAACUGACGUCGAAUGUUGUGCUAAUCGUCGCAUUCAAGGAUAAUAAAACGUGUAAAAGAGGUUGAAGGUCUAAUCUUAGCGUUCAUUUUGGUAAACACGCGGGAUACACGACUUAUCGGUAUCAACCUUGUAUUUCCCCCAUUCUUUAAUGAUCGCUUAAUACUCCACUCGGUCAUUUUGUUCUUUGCUUCAGCUGUGACACAUGUAUCGCGCACUCCACUGAAUUCCGUUUUUGCGCGAGCGCUUUGUGUUUUUCCGUUGGUUGCCGAUCUAGCACUUUCGCUGAAAGUGCCAACGAGGAUUCCACGUGUUCUGCGAAGCUUAAAAAGCUAACAAGCGCGCAAUCAUGAAAAUCGCCGUGAUCGGCGCCGGAGCUGCGGGACUCGCUGCACUCCGGCACUGCGUUUCCGGUACUUACGGCGAUCAGGUGGUGUGCUACGAAAAAACAGAUCAAAUCGGCGGGACCUGGGUCUACCGGGAGGAAACUGGUUCCGAUAGAUACGGUUUACCGAUUCACACUAGCAUGUACAAAAGCCUCAGAACUAAUUUACCGAAAGAGGUAAUGGGCUAUCCGGAUUUUCCGAUACCGGAGGGACCCGAGAGCUACCUGUCGCGCACGGAGAUAUUGGAUUUCCUGAAUGCGUACUGCGAUCACUUUGCGUUACGUCCUUACAUUCGGCUGCUGCAUAAUGUGGAGCUGGUGAAGCCGGUUGCGGGAAACCGGAAGUGGUCGGUCAAGGUCAGGGACUUGCAGGGGGACGUAGUCGUGAUCGAGCCGUUCGACGCGGUCAUGGUGUGCAACGGUCAUUAUUUCGAGCCCAGGACCCCGAGUAUACCCAGCCAGGACAUCUUCACGGGCAAGCAGAUACACAGCCACGAUUACAGGGUACCCGAGGUCUUCGAUGGCAAGAACGUCGUCGUCUUGGGAGCUGGUCCUUCCGGUAUGGAUUUGGCGUUGGAAAUAUCCAAGAAUGCGAAUCGCGUGAUUCUGAGUCAUCACCUGACCGAGACCAUUGCCACCGUGUUCCCCGAGAAUGUCGUGCAGAAAGCUGACGUAGUGGAAUUGAAGGAACGCGAGGCGGUUUUUGCGGACGAAACGAAGGAGCGGGUCGAUGUCGUCUUCUAUUGUACAGGCUACAAGUACAACUUUCCCUUUCUCGCCGAAUCCUGUGGGGUCCGAGUGGACUCCAACAUGGUCACGCCCCUUUGGAAGCAUCUGGUGUCCAUAGAGAAUCCUACUCUGGCACUAAUUGGUCUUCCCUACUACGUCUGCGCCUUUAGCAUGUUCGAUUUGCAGGUGCGAUUCGUCCUACGACACUGGCACGGCGAGAGGCAGUUUCCCGCGCGAGCGGAUAUGCUGCGUUCCGAGGCGGAGGAGGUGGCGAAACGCGCUGAGAGAGGUCUGCAGAAAAGACACUUUCACAUGAUGGGCCCCGAGCAAGGUCACUAUUACGACGACCUGGCGAACGUCGCGGGGGUCACGCCGCUGCCGCCCGUGCUGACGAAACUCCACAACAACAGCAGCAUGCGCUUCCAGGACGACCUAGUGCACUACCGACAGGACCGCUACAGGAUCCUCGACGACUACAAUUUUGUAGAGCUUUAACGCUGGAACGAUUAUUCGCGAGGAUGAUAUAUCUUUCAAUCGUGAAUUUUGUAUUUUAAUCACUCUUGGGAUAUUUAUAUAUUCGAAAUCGCGAUAGAGAAACGUUCAUGCCUAUUCUUGCUUGUAAAUCAAUUCUUGCUUUCCUUCGCGCAAAUUAACGCGAAUUUUUCUGCCAUUUUGAACACGAGUAAUUAUCUUUUCACAUUGAUUAGAGUUACUUUCGUGUAGAUAUUAUACUUUUUAAUGCGAUAUAAUUGUUUAGAAGUUUAGAGCUAUGAUCAUAGCGAUUUUGUUAUAAUUAUUUGAGACUCUUAAUUUUUUAAAUUGUCCGUACAAGCGAAGAUACUUAAUUUGAAUAACAUAAUAAAAAAAUAUUUAAUAUUUGUUUAAUGGCCUGUGCAAGUUGCAAUUUUGAAGUAAUAAUUUACCUAGCUGCCAGUAAUCCUAAGCUGUAAAAGAACAAUAAAACGAUAUCGACUUGUUAUUAUAAGUUACAAAAGAGGACUACCGGAUUAACGGAGGAUGUCGUGUGCUUGCUUCUUUCGAACCAGGUCAUAUUCACGGACGUUGUGCAUGUAAACGUGUCGUUUCAAUUACAGAAAUUUUGAAAACUUUCCGCAGAAACUAAUAUAACCGAGUUUAUUUCCCCCUUUGUUUCGAACAUUUACAACUUUAGCAUCUCAACAUUGUUUGUACUCCCCCUCUUAGAAUCAGAUCUCUCCUUCCUGUCAGGAAAAAAC